AUGCUCUAUUCAUUGCUCUAUUCAUUAUUCUCUUGUUUUAAUAUUCCAUAUGCUGUACAUAUUCGCCAAUUCGAAUACAUACGUGCUGGUUGCCACUCUUCGCUGAAUUCUGGAUUUCUAGUUUGUCGGGUUGUACCGAUAUACAUGAUCUUGUGGUAUCCGAACAAAAUGCUGUAUCUGAAGAACGUACUACCUGUGAAGAUUCGAAGUUUCCAUUCCGAGAAGAUCCGAAAGAUUGCGGUCAAGACCACCACUGGACUAUAA